UCAUGCUGCGCUGUGCAGACCGAUCGGCGAGAUUAGCCGGAAGCAGUCGGGGAGGAGCUGAAAACGGAGCCGUCAAGUCGGACACGUUGGGGAUCUCGUUGCUUCUUCAAACAUGGCAGAUCACGUGGCGUUUGCCUACUUUAUUGCAGAUGAACUGGAAGCCAUAGAAAUACCUUUUUUGUUGGAAGAAAUGCAGCAGGAUGAACAACGACGACUAGUUCCAAAAGUACUACAAUUUGUGGAGGAGGUUGUCCCCCUAUACAGUCCCUCAGAAUUUCGCAGUCAUUUCAGGCUUUCCAGAGAACAAGUGGAGGAUGUCAUUACUACCAUUGGUCCUGUUUAUAUGAAUUUACAGCAAAGCAAACUGCCAGUCACACAGAGUGUUCUUUUCUGCCUUUGGACAUUGGCCAAUCAGGAGUCAUACCGUGGGGUAGCAGACAGAUUCAACAUCUCAAAAUCUACUCUUGCUAAACAUCUCCAUGAGUUUUGUUGUUAUGUUAAUACAUACAUGGCCCAUCACAUCUCCUGGCCCAGAGGCCAAAGGCUGCAAAUGUCAAAGUUGAAAUUUGCCUUAGCAGGUUUUCCAAACACUGUGUGUGCGGUGGAUGGGUGUCACAUUCCUAUAAGGAGACCCCACUGUGAUAAUCCCCUUGCCUACCCGAAUAGGAAGCAAUUCUAUUCUGUAAUUUUAACUGGAUUUUGUGACAGUGAGCGCCGCUUCUGUCACAUCAAUGUGGGUCACCCUGGGAGUUGGCAUGACGCCAGAGCAUUUCGUCUAACAGAGGUUGGAAGAGUUCUUGAAGAAGAUCCUCAUUCCCUUGUUCCACAGGGAAUGCAUAUAAUUGGCGACUCUGCUUAUCCUCUAUUGCCACAACUUAUGAGGCCUUACAGAGACAAUGGACACUUGACUGCUGGGCAAAGACGCUUUAACAUAAAGCUAAAUGCUGCCUGUGUAGUCAUUGAACAUGCAUUUGGCAUUUUGAAGUCUAAGUUCAGGAGGCUCCAGUGCCUACACAUGCAAAGCAUUUCAAAUAUCAGUUCUGCUGUCUCAGCAUGCUGCAUUCUGCAUAAUGUUUGUUUAAAGCCCUGUGACCAAUAUGUUGAGGUAGAUGAUCAUUUUCAUGAUGAGCCACACCUCCCACAACCCUACAACCUUAAUGCAUGCCAAAACAGAGAUCUGAUUUGCAACAACAUCUAGACUAAACAUCUGGACCAAAACUUUGUAUGUACAUUUUUGUAGUAAAGGCAUUUAAUUUGUUUACUGCUUCAUUGU